UGCACCUGUGUGGAAGGAUACUCAUCCCGCGCAAUGCAUCCUCAACGGGUGGUUUUGGUGUGAGAGGAAGGAGGGAUUCUCUUGUGUGCUGAAGUACAUAGAAAAGGGAUUGCAUUUGGAAUAGUUCCUGUCCCACAAGACAUUUUAUUGUGUGCGAAUUUCGGCACUAUUGAAGAGAGAUUUUAGGGACGAGAGACACACCAUAGCAGCACUGUUGGGAAGAAUGUCGGAGGAUAUCUCAUCACAAACUAUGCCACCAAAAACCCGCAUGAAUCCACAGGAUUUUCGCAAUCAGGACCUUGUGAGUCGCCUCCUGGCAGCAACUCCCCCAUAUCUCUACUCCGCCCCGAUGGCACCGCACAAUUUCUUCUUCAGCGAAAUGCUUCGUUCGUUGGUGCAGGCAAAGAACAACGAGGCCAAUAGUCGCCUACAGCAAACAACAGCAGUACCCCAUAUGCCAGCCACCCACCAUCCACACCAUCACGUGGGUAGGAGGCCAAGGAAGCGCUCCUGGAGUCACCACAGAAUCCCCUUUGAGCAUCAAAUUGUCACACCGCCCAAGGAAUUUGAGGAGAAGAUGGAAAAACCCCUCGAAUUGACCACAAAGGUGAACUCGGCCUUUGAUGGGAAAUCCUCAAAGCAGGAUUCACCCCCCGAGAAGAUUUCUCGUCUCGAUGAGGGGGAAAAAGUUCAAUCGCCCCCGGAAACAUCCACACCACCGCCUGUGGAUCAAUCACCAGCAACACUUACAUCCCCAUCUGACCUGGUGCUUCCUCCACCACCACCUGUCUGGUAUCCAUCCCUCUAUCCACCCUAUGGCAUUGAUCCGCUGCACUUUUUCAUUGAUCUCCGUGUUUCGGGGCACAUUCGCAGCAAGGAGAACACCUCACCAUCCUCCGCAUCCAGCACAUUCCGGCCAGAUAACAAUAAUUCCCAAUUUUUCGAUCUUGAAUCAAAAAAUCGCCACGGGUCAGCAUUUAGUAUCCCAACCCCCAGGGAGAGUAGUGCUAAAUCCCCCGGAGCUGUUAAUCUCUCAGCCACAGCUCAGGAUUCCGAUGAGAAGGAUGUCCUGUCGAAGAAUACCAACUACGUCAUGCAGAAUCUCCCGCGCAUCUACACGCACUUGAAUGCCCAUCACAAACUCCUCGAUGAUCAGGAGAAUCAUCGUCAGGAUUCCGGUGGAGAGGGGGAUGUGAGUGGGUCAGAGGGUGACUACAAGCGUCCCCUGGAUGAGGAUGUCAUCGCUGUAGAUGAUAAUGAUAACUAAUUAAAAACAAAUACCUACUUAUAUGAUAAAUCUCAAUGUAAUCUGUAGUCUUCUGUGUCGAAUUUAAGAUAAAAGAAAUUGUAAAAAAAAAUGUAUUAUUGCUCUGAAUAAACUACAAGGGGUUGAUAA